AUGACAACAAAUAUAGCAGAGUCCAUGAAUUCUAUACUGAAAGAACCUAGAGAUUUGCAUACUGCUUCAUUCCUUGAACAUAUUCGAGCUUUGCUACAACGUUUGUUUUUGGAGAGUCGAGAAGAAGGCAUUAAAGUGACGUCUACAUUGACUAAAUGGACAGAGUUAGUUCUACAAAAGAAACAAGAACGAGUUUUGACAAUGAAGGUCAACCCAAUUGAUUGUUACCAAUUCCAUGUUAAAGAUUUAGAUAAAGAGAAUGUCGUAAAUCUUCAUAAUCAAGAGUGCACUUGUAAGGAGUUUCAAGCUGAUCAACUAUCAUGCACACAUGCCAUUGCUGUAGCACGGGAUCGCAAUAUAAAUGUUUAUAGCUUAUGUGCUAACUAUUACACUAAUGAAUGUUUGUUGGCAGCAUAUUCGGAGGCCAUCUACCCAGUUGGAAAUCAGUCGGAAUGGAAGACAAGUGAAGAAUAUGUACAUAUGACUGUCUUACCUCCGAAAGUAGUGAAAAGAGUUGGUCGACCGAAGAAAAAGAGGAUUCCAAGUGUCGGGGAAGCACCAAAAUUGCAUAAAUGUGAUCGAUAUUUGUUGCAGAAGGUUUUCAUGCUGACCUUGAGUGACGAGGGCUGGAACCUGAGGAAACUGAAAAACAUUGUUCUACUGCAUAUCGAAGAUGAAGAUGGAGAUCCUAUCAAUUACGGCGCAUCGGAAGAUGAAGAUCCUAUCGAUUACAGCACAUCAAAGAUGCAGAUGAUGACGACUCCAACACGUUAA